AUGCACUUCUCUCCCCAAGUCUUCCUCUUCAUUGCUUCCUUCUGGGGUCCUGCGGUGGACGCCCACGGCUACCUGAAGAGCCCGCGUAGUCGAAACUACGUCGCCGCCGAAGACGGUGUCGGCUAUGGAGGAACAAGCUCCGAUCCGCAGAAGGAAUUUUGCCCGCAGUGUCUCAACAUCGGUGGCACACUCGCCGCAUGUGGAUUGCUGAGCAACACCAAUUACGAUUUCCCUCCCAGCGCCGUGGGAGGGGUCAUGCCCGCCAACAUUCAAGGAACAUUCCCAAAGGGUGGUGAGAUCGAUUUCGAUGUGGUGUUGACGGCACAUCACAAGGGGCAUUUUAACUUUUAUGCCUGUCCGGUUGUCCCCGGUAUCGCACCAACAGAAGAAUGUUUCAAAUCGCAUCCACUCGAGUUUGUCCAAGACUUGUUGUACGGUGCUCCCAAAGACUCGAAUUAUCCAAGUCGCGCAUACAUUCCACCUCUGACGUAUGAACCCACUCUCAUUGCUACCGACGGUACCGUACCCGGGGCAUUCUACCGUUACCGUAUGAAACUUCCCGAGGAUAUUCAAGGGGACUUGGUCUUGCUGCAAUGGCACUACUUGACGGCCAAUUCGUGCAAACAUGACGGCUACGAUGACUAUGCUUUUCCGUCGGAGUGGCCCAACCCUGGGUACGCUGGUCUACCUGAUUGCGGUAUUAUUCCUUCGGAUGGAAUCGGUGGGCCGGAGCAGUUCUGGAACUGCGCCGAAGUAGCCAUUAGUAGCAAUGGCGGGGGCGUCACCGCACCUCCAACCACGCCUGCGCCCGUACCGGCGCCUUCGGCUUCCAGCGCCACGUUAGCACCGUACGUGGCGCCGAGUCCGACCGCGUCGAUGGUGAGUCCGACCCAAUCUCCCGUUGGCGAUGCGAACGGCGGUGUAGCAGGUACUUGCGGGGAUGGCAAUAUCGGCAAUGGAAUAUGUCCCGAUAGUGCACUGUGCUGCUCGCGCUUUGGCCAUUGUGGCAGUACGGCAGCAUACUGCAACGACGGUCCAGUCGUGACGGUGGCUCCCGUGUCCACGCCUACGAGUGCUCCGGUAGUUGCUACGCAGACGUCGUCUCCUACUGUAGACUCACCGGCAAACUGGACUCUUUCCACAGAGAGUCGCUGUGGUGUUUCCGAACUCGACGCCCGUGGCAACUGCGGUAGCGUGUGCGUCGGCAGCAACGAUUGCGGCGUCGGCGAAUGGUGCUGGAGCGUCCACGCGAACUAUUGCGAUAAUGCCCGUCCAGGGUUCGUGAUUUGUCCGGACCUGUCGCGGGCAACGACGACGCCUCGUUGCGGCGUGGACGAGUUGAAUGCGCGGGAGCGGUGUGGCCCUACUUGUGGAGUCGACCAGGAUUGUGUCGACGGCGAAAUGUGUUGGGGUGUCCACGCCAAUACCUGCGACUGUACCCGCGACGAAGGCAACGGUAGGAAUCGCAACCGCAACGUUCGUGUUCUUCGUCACGGAAACAACGUGUGAAGCGUUGCGGAACCCUCGCGAGCCAAGGGAACCCAGUGGUUGUGUGUCUUACACUUGGCUAGAGAGCAUAAUUGGUACCCCCAAUGCCAAUCAUUUGUCUCCAAAACGAAUGACUUAUAGUCAGAGGUGACUGUGAGUAUUGAUAAAUAAACAAUAAUACAAAGUAGAAUACCAAUUGAAUUCCUCCGUCAACAUCAACAACAAGUAGCGAGAUUUGACGCGGCAGUCUGUCUUCCUAGUAGAGCCUCUAGUCUAAAGAGCUCCAGAAUCUACUACAUGCUAUCAUCUAAUAGUAACUGACUGUAACAGUAACGAGAGAGAGGGUAAAGAGACAGGCCGGGCUUAUCCGACACAACCGACACAUAC